AUGAUGAAAGUAUUUAAACAAAGAAAAACUGGAUUAAUACCAUUUGUGUAUGAAUAUUUCUUAUCUAUUCCUCCUGAUUACAAUAAAGAUAAUAGUAAAAAGUGGCCAUUUCUAUUAUUUUUACAUGGUGCAGGUGAAUCACAUCCUCCAAUUGACAAAGUAUUAAAUCAUGGACCACCAAAAUUAGUUCAUAGUUAUUUAACAAGUACACAAGAUACUCAACCUUUAGCUAGUCUAAAUUUAGAAUGUUCAAAAUUGAUAGCAGAAAAUUUUAUAACAUGUUCUCCACAAGUAAAUGAAGGUUAUGGAUGGAAUGAUCAAGUUUUAAUUAAUCUUAUUGAUCAAAUUGAACAAGAUUAUAGAAUUGAUAAAAACAGAGUUUAUUGCACCGGUAUUAGUAUGGGUGGCUAUGGGUGCUGGUCACUUGCAAUGGCUCAACCAAAUCGAUUUGCUGCAAUUAUUCCAAUAUGUGGUGGUGGUGAUGAAAAACAAGUAACAUGCUUAAAACAUUUACCAAUAUGGAAUUUUCAUGGACAAUUAGAUGAUGUUGUUCCAGUUGAAGAAUCUACUAAUUUAAUAAAAACAUUAAAUAGUGAACUAUGUAAAUCAACAAUUUAUCCUAAUUUAGAACAUGAUUCAUGGACAGAAACAUAUAAUAAUAAAGAUAUUUAUACAUGGUUACUCCAACACACUAAAUCUCACUAA